CUCAAGGCAUCUUCGCACGACAUCAACAUCAUCAAUAUCAUCAACGCUGUUCACUGUAUCGCCCCACUGGUUACACCGGAGACUGGAAAGCAGCAUCGCACACAUGACAACAUACCCUGAUCACUCGCCGUCAGCACCCACAACGCGUACCAGGUUUACUACGGCCACUCGCCCCUCCACCUCACCACCGCCUCCUUCCCCCCACCAAACACCUACGCUCCAUCCCAGGGAACCCACCCACCUAAGCCAUCCCCCGCCCCAACAGCGCCCCAGACGACGCCCCCCCGAUCUCACCCGAUACGUCCUCGUCUCUCCGGCACCAGCACCGCCACCGGGCCACCGCCCCCGCCGGCGUCGGCACGCGCCUCCCACGAGUGUGCGCGACCGUGUCGACCACGGACACAGCUCCACCGCGGAUUGUGCUUGGUUGCGGUGCUGGCUGCACGUCGCACGUUCGCGGUCUCGCGGCUGUAGAGUUUGCGGGGUUGAUAGGGGGUUCUGGAGGGGGUUUCGGCGGUGGAGAAGGGAGAAGGGAGAAGGGAGAAGGGAGAAGGGGGAAAGGGGAGCGUGGGGGCUGUGAGGUAUUUUCGUUCUUGCAAUCUGUUGUGUGCUGUAUGGGAUGUACGCUGUCUUGGCGGGUGGAGCUUGUGAAGCGCUCUGGGAUUGCACUGUGGAGUCUUUGCAUUGCACACGUCUUUCAAGAAGACUUGAGACGCUUGGCGCGUGCGUUCUUGACGCGCCUGUACGAUACACAGUGCAGCUUGGAUGCGCGGAUGCGGAGUAGAGAGCUCUGCAGUGUAUCUGAGGACGUUGUUUGCUCACACGCUACCGUGUUAUGCGUCGUGUCGAGGGAAGGAUGGGGCACAGCGUUGUCAAGUGUGA